CCAUGAUGGAUCUGACCCCCAUCCUCUCUCCUCUUCCUCUCCCCCCACAGAUGUGCACCCCCAGCAACACACCAGCCACGCCACCCAACUUCCCGGACGCUCUGGCCAUGUUCUCCAAGCUGAGGACCUCCGAGAACCUGCAGAGCAGCAACAGCCCCAUCACCUCCAUGGCCUGCUCCCCCCCGGGCAGCUUUAGCCCCUUCUGGGCUUCCUCGCCCCCCAGCCACCAGCCCGCCUGGCUGCCCCCUUCCUCGCCCACCGCCCACGGUCUCCACCACCACCUGCACCACCCACAGCCCUCCUGGCCCCCCACGCGGGAAUGGAGGAAGGCUGCUGCUGAGAGCAUCAACACGGCUUUCUAG